AUGGCGAACACCGUAAUUCCAAUUUCUCAAGCCACCUCUUCACGUGCUUCGUCUUCUAAAGAGCCUUCAAGUAGUCUGGGUGACUUUACACCUCUUUGGACUUACCUAGAGAACGGUACCCAAGAUUUAUCAAAUUUAGGUGAUUUCGGAGAUCUAUGGCGAUUUCUACAAGGAGAGAAAGAGAAAUGGUGUAAUUCUGGUACUACACCUAUAAUGGACUUUGGAAGGCUAAAAGGACUAAAAGAACCAGCAACUUUGGAAGAACGAAUCAAUGCCAAGACGACUUUUAAGUUUAGGGUACCGAUUCCCAUUAAGAUUUCGGAAGAUCCUAUUCACAUUUUUGUCGAUAAUUCCAAUAUCCUAGCAGGAUUCAUGGCUUAUUGUCGACAACAACAAAACCUUCGUCGCACUCAAAAUCCUCGAACUAUUUUGGGAAAAAGGUCUAAUAAAAAACCCAUGUUAGAAUAUGAAGCCUUAUUUACUAUUCUUGAACGUGGGAGAAAUGUGGCACGCAGAGUUCUAGUGGCCUCUUCGCCAUUAUAUCAACAACUUGAUAAAGCUGAAGAAGCUGUAUCAACUCAAUUUGAGAUGGAGAAGGAACAAUGCGUAGAUGAACUUCUUCAUCUUAAAAUCUUGGAAUCCUUAUUAGAUUACAAAGCACCCGCCACACUGGUUUUGGCCAGCGGAGACGGAAAAGAUGCGGAAUAUUUCCAAGGAGGAUUUCAUAAGUGUAUAAUCAAGGCCUUAGAACGAGGUUGGAAGGUCGAAGUUAUUAGUUGGCAACAAGAGCCUUUAGUGUUUCUUUUAGUCAAAGAAAUGUGGUCUUGUUUAAAUAAGUGUCCUUGUUUUCAUUUUCGUAGUGAAUCACAGCCACCAUUUGACCAAUAUUAUGAUGACGAAGAUAACCUAGAAUUCGAACACUUAUUAGCUCAACAGGAUGCCGAGUCCAUAGCUGCAUUUUUAUCACGUGCUCCGUUUUCACGGUCAACCAACACUCCAAAUUAUUUCGGUCGAACGAAUCCAGUUUUACCUAAUGAAGAAGCUUCAGCUUCUGAAAACCGUUUACUAUUAGAUGAUGAUGAAAAUUUACCAACACAAGAUGCUCAAUUUUUACCUGAUGAACAAAUUACUGCAAAAGUAGCACAGGCCAAAGGGUUGAUACCAGACGAACAAACCAAUACCACAAAUAAUAUUUUCACUAUUGAAGAUGAAGAUGGUGAUGAAGAUGGAAAGAAUCAUACAGAUUCAUCUAAUACUGUUUACUCAAUGAAUGAUGACGUGGAAAUGUCUGAUGAUUCACAAAUUGAAUCAUACGUCGAUGUGUCACAAAUUGAAGAAGAAAAUGAACAAAAUGAAUCAUCUUUAAACAAACCACGUAAUGCACAUGAAAGAAUUUAUUCAAAAGAUGUAAAUUUGGAAGAUUAUGAAGACGUUAAUGACUUUGAAGACACAUCAAACUACGAUCGGCGAUCCUCUGACUCGUCCCUCGAACGAAAUCGCUCAAGGAGGAGUAUAAUACGAGAUAUUGAAACAAGAAGAAAGAUAGAGGAAGAUUAUUCACCAUUCUCUGUUGGUAUAUUACAAUCAGAUAAUUUUGAUGAUUAUUAUAGUCCAAUUGUUGCUACUCCUACAACUAAUACUUUUAGAGGUGAAUUAGGUAAUCAUUAUUUUGAGGAAGAAGAAGAAGAAAUUGAUCAUCCAUUCGCUAACAUUUUACCAAACUUUUCAGAGAGAUUAGAUAAAUCAAUUCGUAAUAAUAAGAAAUUGGUGAUUCAAAAAGAAAAUAAAAAUGAUGAUAAAGAAAAUGAAAAUGAAGAAAAUGAUGAUGAUGCAUGA